CCCCCGACACAAUCUGGCGCUCUCUGCUCUCCUCACCGCGCAGCUUUUCUAAUCGUCCUCCUCAAACCGAGAGUGUCCGGAUCGACACUGCUACAUUCCUGAGGACAACUUCUAUUACCGCUCAUGAACUUUACAUUCAGUCUAUAUAGAAGAAACGUUUGGAGAACAUCCGGACAUUCUCGCUUCCUUGUUAUUAUAUAACUUUUGUUGUACUUGAACGACUCCUACAUUCCAAAGACUUUGGACCGGACGGACACCGAUAGUUUAAAUUUCAGAAUCAACGAUCAAAGUCAUUUUCUUAUUGUAAUACUACUUUGAACGGACCAAAUAAGCAGGAGCCAGCAGCCUACGUCUGUUGCACAAUCCACUAGUCUUAACUAUUUUCCCCUUACGUGUAGUCUUAGGUAACAAAAGAGUCAACAAUGGCAGGUACUGGUAUGAACUCUCUGGAAGCUGUGAAGAGGAAGAUCCAGUGUUUGCAGCAGCAGGCCGACGACGCAGAGGACCGGGCGCAGGUCCUACAGAGAGAGCUGGACGGUGAACGGGAGACUCGAGAGAAAGCGGAGGGUGAUGUAGCAGGCCUGAACCGUAGGAUCCAGCUGGUGGAGGAGGAGUUGGACCGAGCCCAGGAGAGACUGGCCACAGCACUGCAGAAACUGGAGGAGGCUGAGAAGGCUGCAGAUGAGAGUGAGAGAGGGAUGAAGGUGAUUGAGAACCGAGCAAUGAAGGACGAGGAGAAGAUGGAGAUUCAGGAGAUGCAGCUGAAAGAGGCCAAACACAUUGCCGAGGAGGCCGACCGUAAAUAUGAGGAGGUGGCUCGUAAGCUGGUGAUCCUGGAGGGAGAGCUGGAGAGAGCCGAGGAAAGGGCCGAGGUCGCAGAAUGUAAAGCCAGUGACUUGGAGGAGGAGCUGAAAAAUGUCACCAACAACCUGAAGUCGCUAGAAGCCCAGUCUGAGAAGUACUCAGAAAAAGAAGACAAGUUUGAGGAGGAGAUCAAAGUUCUGACUGACAAACUGAAGGAGGCUGAAACCCGUGCAGAGUUUGCAGAGAGAUCAGUGACCAAACUGGAAAAGUCCAUUGAUGACCUGGAAGAGAAAUUAUCAAAUGCCAAACAGGAGAAUCUGAACAUACACAAAGUCCUGGACCAGACCCUGCUGGACCUCAACAACUUAUAAACACACAGAGAGGAAGCUGGAGAGGAUGAGAUCGUCAUGUAACAUUCCAUUAAAUGUUUGACUCCAUUCCACAUUUCGAGCUGUAAAAUCUUUAUCCCCCACAUAAAAGGGGGAUUAACUUAAUACUUGUCCCUUGAUAUUUUUUUCUAAGGCACAACUUUUUUUUUUUGUUAAGAUGGGACCUAUUGCUUUUUUUUAAAUCUUGAAUUGCAGAAAUUCUUUCCAGAAAUGCAAUUUUGACCACUUAUUUAGAAAGAACUGGCAAUUAAUACAAAGAAACAUCAGAUUUGGUCAUUCAACCACUUCCACUCAGUUUGUUUCAGUUUAUUUUAUAUGGACAUACAACACAUUGAGCUUCUGUCUGAUUAUUUUAACAGAUGAAAAUUGAUUUCACUCAGUCUACAUUAGUGGCUCAGAAGUGCCACCUAGUGGUAAUAUGAAGUUUGUUUUUCUGAUCAUGCUACUACCUACAAUGUAACAGACACUCAAACUACUCGGUGUGUUAGCAUUGACCCCUGAACAUGUUUGUGUUCAUACAGCAAGAUGGUUAAAUGGAAGGUUUUCAUUCAUAAACUCGAGGCACAUGCUGCUCAGUAAAGUCUAGGCUUCCUUACAUUUAAUAAAAAAAAGUAAGGCCUGCUCUGCGGCUUAUAUUAGAGAUGCACAGAAUAUUUACAGUGCAUCACUUUUCUUCUACUCUGUUUUGGUGUGGGAAUUUGUGCUAACCUGAGAGCUGUGCAUGCACAGUAUGUAGCACACGAUGUGCAUAUCUUACUUGUACCACCCUUCCUUAAAUUUGGCCUGACCAUUGACACCUUCUGCAUCAUUGCCAGCAAUGUGCCAUAAUGUAGCCAAUAUAUUGUAUUAAACCCCAAAUCACUGGAAACUCAAGUCAUGUUUUAUCAACCAUGGAUAUUAGUGUAUAUAAUAGAAUAAUGUUAGCUAUGUGAGAUGUUGUUAAGCCUUUUUUCCCAUUUAUGCCACUUCUUUUUGCCAGGGGAACUCUCAAGACCAAAGAACACAUAUAACACAGACAAUAUGUUUUUUUUUUUAUGUUUUAUUUUUGUUUGUGAUGGUCAUCAUGGUUUCAUCUCAUGCCAGGGCCAUGAAAAGCACCUCACAUCUGAUUGAGACCAUUUGGAACUGUUUCAUUUACCACCCAACUCUAUGUCAACCUAAUAAAUGUUUUACAGAAA